GACUUUCAACCGUAGAUGGCGCGCAUGCAAAUGAAAGAUAAUUUUCUUGCAUGAUUUUCUUGACGACAAAAAUGGCAAGUGACAACAAUCCAGCAAAGGGGAAGGCAACGACACAGAAAAUGGUUGAUAUUACCGUAAAUAAGGGAGCUGUUGUACCAUACGAUAUGGAUGAUAUCCAACCUUCCAUCUCAGACCAGCAAAAGGUCGGAUUCUUCCGUCAGGAUCGGGCGUCCCAGACCCUGGAGUCAGAGAUCCUGGAGCUCAAACAGAUGACCUAUGUUCUACAGACAUUGCUAAGAGAAUCGAAAGAGCUGAAGCGAGAGCUUGCGGUGGCCAAGCAGGUGAUGAGAGCCGACUACGAGAACAAACUCCAGGAGAAAGCCCUGGAUAUGUACUGCAGGAUAAAUGAACAUGUGGAAGUCUUGGAGAGGGCCCAUAAAGAGCGUGUUGAGGUGGUGAGGAGAAGCUUCCGGCAACAACUCACAAAUUCUAUUGCAAAAAUAGCACAUGAAUGGAAGAAUCAUGCAAGUAAAAAGAUGAAUGCCGAGCUGAAGAAACAAUCGAGUAACACUGCUGCCCUCCUCGACGAACACAAAGCUCUCCAGAAUCAGGUUGCUUCCCAGGAAGGCAUCAUCGAAAUGCUUAAGAUGCAGUUAGAACAACAGGCAAAUGCCCCUAGGAGUGAGGCAUCGACACCCAGUGCUGUUUAUGAGGUGGAGGCGCUCAAGGAUGAGAUGGUCGCCAUGAAGAGGAAAGUUGACGGCUUGGAGUCCGCUCUGGAUGGCAAGGAUGAACUUAUUGAAGAAUUGAACAGAGAUAUUGAAAGGCUGAAUAAGGAUCUGGAGAAAGAGAGAGUGCACAUAAAACAGUUAUUGAAGGAAUUGGAGGACUCGAAAGCAACAGCGAUGCAAGAAAUAUCAUCCCUCAAAAGACAGGCUGAGAAACAGAGAUUAAACAUGGAAAAGGAUAUGCAGGAAAAAAUGAAGAAGUCGAGAGAUGAUAUGUUGAAUCUUGCUAAGCAACACGCAGCAGAGGCUCAGAAGGCAGAGGAAGAGAGACUCAGACUUCUCGCAGAGAAAGAGAAACAAGCUAGGGAAAUACAGAAAAAUGAGCAAGAAAUAACUGCGAAGGCAGCCGAGUCAGGAGAAGAAAUCUCCAAAUUGAACCGCCUUGAGAAACAUCUGAGGGCAGAGAUUGCAAGACUCAAGAAGGACCUGGGAAAGAGCACCAAAUUAUGGGAGAAGAAAUUUAGUGUGUUACAAAGAAGUAUGUAUGCGCUGAAGGAUGAGAGUUACCUGAGGCAAACAUUACAGAAGCAAGCAGCUACUCUCCACCAUGCCACAGUCAUGUACGCUAAUGAUUCCUCAGGCAGCGUGGCUAGAAGUGCAACCAUCCAGCCCCAGGCUCCCCAGCCAUCGCCCAACACCAAACCCAAGGGACCACACCCACCUCUGCCUGGAAUUGGUCAAAUAAACCCCACCAGGGAUAGGAAAAUGGAAGUGAUGUCUGCAUACACUGUAUCCCCUCCACCAGGGCGGGGCAUAGACCUAUUCUCAGUCAACGAGGGUCAGAUCGUCGAACCAGAUGAUGAUUAUGAAAACUUCACGGAUGGAAACUUCUUGCCCCUACCUACCCCUCCCCCACCCAGGUGGAUAAACGACGACAGCAGACCUCCGUCCCGCAACCCAGAGCUCCUGAUGGCAUCCUGAUCUGUACUGUUGAAGCAUAUUAUCAAAAAUAGUGUUGAAUCUGUCAUGAACAUUUAGCUUUCAGUUAGUAGUACUCAUAAAUCGUGAGGCCUGAUUCUAUUGAUAGCCUUCCUCUUCUUAUGGAAGACCUGGAGAACGAUUUCAUCAACUUGUGCCGAAACCUUGAAGAAUAAUGCCUUUCAGCAGCUCAAAAGCUAUAAGGCGGGAUGAAAAUUUUUAAUAGAUAUCAUUGUGUAAGUGCCUUCACUGCCAUUGUGAAGAUAAUUUAACUUUCACUUUUAAAAAAUUAUGUCAUCUGAUGUCUGAGCUGUACUGUUGAAGCAUAUUAUCAAGAAUAGUAUUGAAUCUGUCAUGAACUUCAGUUACUCAUGAAUCAUGAGGCCUGAUUCUAUUGAUAGCAAUCCUCUAGUUGUGGAAUGACAUGGAGAGUACUUUCAUCAACAUUUGCCACAACUUUCAAACCUUGAAGAAUAAUGCCUUUAAGCAGCUCAAAAGCCAUACUGCCGUACUUUGGCAAAAGGAAGUAAGUUACAAAAGUAUCAUUUGUUGUAAAUGAGCAAUUUGUGUUCGUCAUUUGCAAUGCAAGUUAACAGCAUAUUUUCUUCAAUAUCUUUCCAAAGAACGAUAACUUCUUCCCCAAAUUUUGCCUCAACGUGCAACAUACAAAGGAUGUUUCAGAAACAACAAUAACUCAGAUUUGACUGAUGUGUCACUUGCUUCCUUUUGCCACAGUUUGGAGGUAGAAGGCGGGAUGAAAACAUUCAAUGUAUAUCAGUACGAAGUCCCAUCACUGACUGCCAUGGUGAAGAAAAUUUAACUUUCACAUAUGUCAUCUGACAAAUUGUCAGGUCUGACAACUUUCCAAGGAUUUGAUUGGCCAAGAGGCUCAAGAGUCUGUCACUAUGGUAACUGUCUGGUAAAAUAGACUUCGUCAGAUAACACAUCGACUAGUCCUUUCAUAAAACUCUCAGAAAAAAGUCAUUCUCUGGAAUAUCACAGAUAAUGGGUGAUUUCAAGUGUGGUGUUGAAGUGUAGUGUUGGUGUUGUAGCAACAUUACACCAGCCACAAUAUGUACUUGGAAGUCUGGUGUUUGAAUUUGCCUUAGAAAAUGUUACAUUUCUGGCAGUUUGUGUUGAAUGCUGAUUGUAAGAUUUUGUCUGCUGAACCAAGGAUUAGUGCUGGUGUUUAAGAUCCUAUGAAAUUUUCCAUUCAUGAUCACCAAUCCUCAGAAAUUUGGGGAACAACUAUUCCAGUUCGGCAUUGGUGUUAGUUUUGGUGAUCUCAAUUUCUCUUAUGGCCUCUUAUGACUUGUACCAUAAACAAAUUUACCAAUUAGCAAUGAUAAUUGGAAUACAUUUUAGGAGGUAAAUGUACCCUAUGUUUCAAUUAUCUAAAAUCAAUCGAAAUUGAAUAUAUGAGAGCAAAUAAUAAUCGUUCAAGCACUUAUAUUUUUUUAUUGAAGGAGGAUUUUUUUUUAAACGAAAUGUGUCAUCAGUUAAAUACAAAUGAGCAACACAUUGUUGUAUCUUGCAAGAAAAACCCUAUAAAAUUAAUUUUCUUGAUUAUGAGGAAAAGGAAAUUUCCUGCAGAGGGAUUGGGUGUAAAGCAGUUGCUUUUUGGAACGAUAUUGUCCUAAUUAUAUCAUUACCCUGGUAAUCAGAUCCUGGCUUGCCCACACACAAUGUAUGCACUUUGUCCACUCCUUGGGGAACAUUCCAACAAGAGUUUCCAAAGUCAAUUAUACUUGGCAUACUACAUAGGCUUUCCCAUCGUAUGAUCAUACAUGUAGGGUCAUUUGCCAUACCCUGUGUGACCUUUUUGACCAGUCUGGUAUGCAGUGAUAUAGAUACUCUGUAUAACAGCAAGGUAUAUGUUUUCAUUUACAUGUACAUGUAUGCAAGGGGUUUAGUUUCAAAUCCGUUCACUCCCAUGUAGAAAACAAUCUUGGUUAUCAUCUCAUAAAGCCGUUCCAGUGAAUAAUAUUCCUGGCGUAACUUCUGAAGGUUUCCAUGGCAAAGAAGAAUAGUGUAGUAGGUUUCACGGAACACCAUGUAUCUUUCUUGGGCAAACGUUGGUCCUGAAAAAGGACCACCCUGGCGUCCUGGUAUUGCAUAGAAAUUUGCUCCACAUUUUUUAAUGAUUGCUACUGAAAAAUUAUUCUUGUGUAACCUUUUUUUUUCACAUAGGGACUGUGCAGAACAUAGUUGAAAGCUUUUGUCUUAUAACCAGUAAUGCUAAUCAAAUUUGAGAAGUGAAAUUAUUCCCUCCUGUUCAUAAAAUGCACGUAAAAAAAUCAGGUUCUCAUUUAAAUGUAUUCCUAUUAGCACAAGUUAAUUUUCAAAUCCAAUCUUUUCAGAUUGAAAUUCUCAUUGUGUGAAAACAAAGUUUUUUAUGUGGCGAGAUUGGAUUAGGGUUAUUGAAAGUUUAGUCCUAUUGUAUUAAAAUAAAUAUCAUUUUGCACAAGAAACGGUCACCAGUUGUGCAUAAAAUCAAGCUCAACGUACGAACGACUAUUUUUUUUUUUCAUUACGUUUCCUAACAAAUAACUUUUAUGAAGAUACUAAAAACGUAGAGGCAUAGUCAACCAAGCAAGUGCCAGAUGAGCAUUCAGUUCUGUAAGGUUAAACAUUCAUUUUGAUCAAAUUGGUAAAAUGUGCUUCAUUGAUGUCGUCACUAUGCUGUAUCGAACAUGUAUAUAUUGUAAAUAAGAUUACUUCCAUAUAUUUAAGUAUUCAUGAAAACCGUCCAAUUUCACACUGAUGAAAACAGGUAUUUACAUAUUGUAUUUAUAAUUAAUUAUAUCAUUGAUGCCUUAUGUGUGGAAACUUUAGUGAUCAAAUUCAUUUAUUAUGAAUAAAUAUAUAAAUCCGUGUAUAAAGUACUACAAAAUAUGUAUUGUGAUCUACUCACCAAUCUACAUAUGCCAUACUGCUAAUAUACCAAAUAUAAAAUGUGAAUGAAACUAUGCAGUUUGUUAAUUACUAUUUGCAAUGGAGGUAAAAGGUAUAACAUUAUUAAGUAUAUUUUGGCUGUUAAUUUGAGCAAAGAUCUAUGCAAAUUAUUAAGAUGAAUAAAAUGUGGCCUACAAAUCUUAA